UGUGGGGGUUGUCAUUGACGCGGCGUCACUGCGGAACUGAGGUCGCCGAGUGAUGAUGCUGUGAAGUCGUCCGCCCGUCCCUGCCACGCCCUAGCGGGUUGCAAGCGGCGGCGGCAGCUUUGGCUGCUGCUCUCAGGCUGCCGCCGCUUUAGGGGCUUCUGCUGCGGGGCGCGCGCGGACGACGGAGGACACCCGCCGCUCCGGUGAGUAACCUCUCCAGUCAUGACUGUUCAAGGUAUGAUAAUCACAUGAGAGCACUCAUUCCUGCAGAUGUCCUUGACUCAUUAGAGAAAAUCUGUCUAAAAGAAAAUAUCUGUAUGACCAAAUUCAUUUCUCUACCAAAUGGCUUGAUGGAUUUCCUUUACCCUGAAUACCAAAGCUGUCCUCAACCAAAGCAAGAAAGGAUCCUGCAUGAGUCAAUUCCAGAAUGCCAUUUUUGCAUCACCAACAGGUGAAGAAAACCUCAUGAAUAGCAAUCACAGAGACUCGGAGAGCAUCACUGAUGUCUGCUCCAAUGAGGAUCUCCCUGAAGUUGAACUGGUGAGUCUGCUAGAAGAACAGCUGCCACAGUAUAGGCUAAGAGUCGACUCGCUCUUUCUGUAUGAAAAUCAAGACUGGACCCAGUCCCAACACCAGCCACAACAUGCAUCCGAUGCCCUCUCACCAGUGCUUGCCGAAGAGACUUUCCGUUAUAUGAUUCUAGGAACAGACAGGGUGGAGCAGAUGACCAAAACUUACAAUGACAUCGACAUGGUUACACAUCUCCUGGCAGAGAGGGAUCGUGAUCUGGAACUUGCUGCUCGAAUUGGACAAGCUCUCUUAAAGCGGAACCAUGUCUUAUCUGAGCAGAAUGAAUCCUUGGAGGAACAGUUAGGACAGGCCUUUGAUCAAGUUAAUCAGCUGCAGCAUGAACUGUCCAAGAAAGAUGAGUUACUUCGGAUUGUCUCCAUUGCUUCUGAAGAAAGUGAAACUGAUUCCAGCUGUUCUACACCUCUUCGGUUCAAUGAGUCCUUUAGCUUGUCUCAAGGUUUACUGCAGUUGGACAUGCUGCAAGAAAAGCUCAGGGAACUGGAAGAAGAGAAUAUGGCUCUUCGAUCUAAGGCUUGUCACAUAAAGACAGAAACUGUUACAUAUGAAGAGAAGGAACAACAGCUUGUCAGUGACUGUGUUAAAGAGCUUCGUGAAACAAAUGCUCAGAUGUCCAGAAUGACUGAAGAAUUGUCAGGGAAGAGUGAUGAACUGAUUCGGUACCAAGAAGAGAUCUCCUCUCUCUUGUCUCAGAUUGUAGAACUUCAGCACAAACUUAAGGAACAUGUGAUUGAGAAGGAAGAACUACGACUUCACCUGCAAGCUUCCAAAGAUGCUCAACGACAACUGACAAUGGAGCUGCAUGAGUUACAAGACAGGAAUAUGGAGUGUCUGGGAAUGUUGCAUGAAUCCCAGGAAGAAAUAAAGGAACUGCGUAGCAGAGCUGGCCCUGCUGCCCAUCUCUACUUCCCGCAGUCAUAUGGAGCUUUUCCUGGGGAAUCUUUGGCAGCUGAGAUUGAGGGGACCAUGCGUAAAAAGUUUAACUUGGAUGAAGAAUCUUCUCUCUUUAAGCAAAAAGCCCAACAAAAACGGGUAUUUGAUACCGUCAAGGUUGCCAAUGACACACGGGGCCGCUCUGUCUCAUUCCCCGCCCUGCUCCCCAUCCCUGGCUCCAACCGUUCAAGUGUCAUCAUGACAGCAAAACCUUUUGAGUCUGGCUUACAGCAAACAGAAGACGAUGAAAAGCUCCUGAGCCAGAGGAGCAACUUGGAGGAGGCUACAGGAAACUCCCAGAUCAUGGGCCACCCAGGGCCCUCCAGAGACAGUGACCUGGCUGCAGCCCUGCAUCGCCUCAGCCUGCGCCGACAGAACUACUUAAGCGAGAAGCAGUUCUUUGCUGAAGAGUGGGCGCGGAAGAUGCAGGUUCUGGCUGACCAGAAGGAAAGAACCAGUGGCUGCAUCACCCCCACAGAGAGCCUCGCCUCCCUCUGCACCAGCCAGUCGGAGAUCACUGACCUCAGCAGCACAAGUUGCCUUCGAGGUUUUAUGCCAGAAAAAUUACAAAUUGUCAAGCCCCUUGAAGGGUCACAAACUCUGUUCCACUGGCAGCAGCUUGCUCAACCAAACUUGGGAACCAUUCUUGAUCCACGACCAGGUGUCAUUACUAAAGGCUUUACCCAGUUGCCCAAGGAGGCCAUUUAUCACAUCUCAGAUUUAGAAGAGGAUGAAGAGGAGGGGAUCACUUUUCAAGUGCAGCAGCCUCUUCAAGCACAGAAGCCUUCAGUAUCCAAGCCAGUCUCAGGCAUCUUCCUGCCACCAACUACUUCAGCAGGUGGGCCAGUUACAGCUGCAACCUCAAACCCAGGAAAGUGUCUGUCGUUCACAAACUCAACAUUCACCUUCACCACCUGCCGGAUAUUACAUCCCUCUGACAUCACUCAGGUCACCCCCAGUGCUGGGUUUCCUUCAUUAUCCUGUGGAAGUAGUAGCAGCAGUUCCUCAAACACGGCCAUGAACUCUCCUGCCAUGUCCUAUAGACUCAGCAUUGGCGAAUCCAUCACCAACCGGCGAGAUUCCACUAUAACCUUCAGUAGCACCAUGAGCUUGGCCAAACUCCUGCAGGAGCGAGGCAUCUCUGCCAAAGUGUACCACAGCCCAAUUUCAGAGAACCCCCUGCUUCAGCCUCCCCCAAACGCACCAGCCAUCCCAUCCACACCACCUAAUUCCCCAUCUCACUCACCUUGCCCUUCUCCUUUGCCCUUUGAGCCUCGAGUGCAUCUCUCUGAAAAUUUUUUGGCCUCCCGACCAGCUGAAACAUUCCUCCAGGAGAUGUAUGGCUUGCGGCCUUCCCGGAACCCUCCUGAUGUUGGCCAGUUGAAGAUGAACUUGGUGGAUAGGCUGAAGAGACUGGGAAUAGCCAGAGUGGUCAAGACCCCUAGCUCUCAGGAGAAUGGAAGAAGCCGGGAGGCAGAAGUCGGCCUUCAAAAACCAGAUUCUACUAUUUAUUUAAAUUCAGGUAGCAGUUUGUUGGGUGGACUGAGGAGAAAUCAGAGUCUUCCUGUCAUGAUGGGGAGCUUAGGUACCCCAGUUUGCACAUCUUCAUCCAAGAUGGGUGUCCUGAAGGAGGACUGAGGCUCAGUGGUUAGCUGGCCUCUUGUACACAUUGAAGGGCGGGUACAAACUGAGACCAGUGGUCUGGUCUGACUUGAGAGAAAAGGAAUGUCGCACAAAGGUUGUGAAUGUUGAAAGGGGGAGGGGUAAUGGAGACAAAGCUGGGGUGAGGCCCUGAUGGGCAAUGUCCAGCAAACUGAAAGUCAAUGAAGAGGCCAUGAGUGUUUGCAGGCAGAAAAAGAGGAAAGUUAACACACUCCUUCAGCUGAGUUUUUUUGUCUUGAAAAUAAAAAGUGAAUAGAAAAUAAAUCCAGUAAUGUUAAAACAUGCCAGAGCUAUUGAAUUUGCUAGCACAUUGAUUCUGUAAGCACAUGCAGGGAGAACAGGGUUAGAAAGAUGGGAGAGAAAAGGGACAGCUCUGCGGCUAGCUUGGAGAAGACUGUGCUGGAGGUGGGUGGGACAGGCUCCGUCUGACCCCAAGACAAUGGUGGGAAGGCUUCUGUGUUCCCCUGUUGAUGUCUGGUUACAUUAGCAUCUGUCAAAUGGCAAAAUAAGGAAUUCCUUAGCAAAAUAAGGAAUUUUGUCUUUCUCAUUAGAUCACAAGUGGAGACUCCAUUUUCCUUUCUGUCUUCAGGCCUUUGAGCCACUGGGAGCCCAUACACCACUCAGAUUCCUUUGUAUUUAUGACUAAUAAAAAUUCAUUUUUUUAAAUUUGUAUUUUUGUACAACCUCAAAAAAAAAAAAAACCCCAACAUGGGUAGGAGGUGGGAGGGACUUACUUUUAAGAAGAAAAAUAUGGGUAAAUUGGAGCCAAGGAAACUUACUUUUAGAAUAUUUCUUCUACAUAAGUGCAGUAGUCAAGGAAUAAAAACAUAAUUGCAUGUCUUUCACAUUUCCUUGGAGGCUGGAAGGGGUUAAACCAGAAGUGCAAUCAAUAGGAAUUAGGGAAUGUAUAUUUAUAUAUGUAAACAUUUUUUUGUAAAGGAAAGUUGGUUGCAGUUAAGCCAACUUUUUCCAAAGUGCGCUAUGCAUAUUUUUAAUGAAAGAUGACAUGUAUUUGCACAAAAAUUCUCAGGCACAUUAAAUUAUUAACUGAAGUAAAACCCAGGUGCUUGCUUUGAGAUUGUGGUUUUUUUCUAAUAUAAAAUAAAAUUAAAACACAUCUGCCUUGUUCUUGAUAGCUGUAGCAUUAGAGAAGGAACUUUUUAAUGGGAGAGUCAAGGCCUUUUCUGUUUUCUCUGAGGUUCUUUUUCUUAAUACAAACUGCGUGAAACGGCACAACAAGAGUCCGGGAUUGGGUUUCCAUGUUCAGCAGCGGCACAAGGCUCUGAACUGGGAAGAAGCAGGUCUGUUUUCCGAGUGUUGCCGAUCAGGGUCUGCUGCUCAUCGGAUGACAUGACUUUGUCCAGGCAGGGCAGUUCAGGAAGAAAUGCCAUUAUACAAAGACAUAGAGAGAAGAUGAGGGAGAGGUCUUGCUAUUUUGUUGAUGAAAACAUGAAGUAUACUACUUGAUCUUUCUGGUGCUUAGUUUGCGAAUGUCUUGCUCCUUUGCCCUGACUUAAAGAAAAAUUCUUGACUCUUGCUCCUGUGGUUCCCAUCACACACCUUGUCCUGAGAUCUGGGAGGGUCCUCGUGAGGCGUCCCCUCCACCUGGAGAGCCAUGUGCUCAAAAGGGUAGACAAGCCAUCAUGCAUGCAGUGCAAGAGUGUGUGAGUUUUCCGUGCUUUUUAGAAUCUUGUAAUAAAACUUUUCUAAAUAAAUUUCUUAAAAACCAGAGUGACCGCUCCCUUUCCCUCCCUUUGCUCAGUCAUGCAAAGGUCAGCACACACAUGGAGUGCACACAUACACAUUAGAAAGGAUUCCAGCAGGUUCAUGAGUGAAUUAAGCAUGCCUGAAUGGGGCAGGCAUAGACAGAAGAGUCCCCAAUGUUUAAAUUUCCAAAAUAUUCCAAUUCACUUUUUAAAGAUAGUGGUUGGGUAUCUAUUUCAUAAAGCAACUCCAGGGUGCUUACUUUAGCCAACUUUUGAGGAUUUUUCUUUGUUCCCUGAGAAAGUAAUCUUCCUGUUGCCUGGACAUUCAGUUUCCAAGAAAUAUCAGGAAGCAGGAGAAUGUCGGGUCGUAGAGUAGUGCAGAGUUAAGUUAUUAGAUUCAUGUGGAUUAUGUAAAUGGCUACAAAUUAAACUCGAUUUUGUAGUGUUCUGUAUUGAGCAUAAUUUGUAAACUUUUUUUGUAGUCAGUGACUAAGUGUUCACUUUGGAGGCUGGGCAGGGCAUUUUGGCAGCCAAAAUAAGCUCAUCCAAUGAGAGAGAACCAGAUAGGUUUCUGAAAAUUAGAUUCAUGUCCAUGUUCUAUCAGAAACACUUGAUUGUAUACUGCUGCAUGCUUGUCUCUAGAAAUGACUCCUGUCCUAAAACUGGGUUUUGCUGUUUUUGGAGUUUCCACCUAAAAUCAUUUUUGGUAUGUCCUGAGAAUCUCUCUUGUAACAAAGUGGUCUGCAAAGCAUAGUAAGAAGAACUGAAGCCCGGUAGCAAGUUCCUUCCUGUUUAUCUGUUAUAUUUUGGUACUGUUCAUAUUUUAGUUUUUUCUUUAUCAACUGUAUAUAUAUUUUCAUGCCAGUAUAGGAAACCUCAAUCUUUGUUUCUUCCUCAAGAAGGUUUUCAGUGAUUAUACCUCAGGUAUUUCUGAAUAUAUUUUCCUAUUGUCUAGUAGGAGAGGUAUCUUCCUGAGCUCAGAAUUUAAAGUUCUCAUAAAUCAUGAAGACCCCAAUCUUAUGUAAAUAGCCUGAGGCAUGGAUCUCUGAGGAGAUGCUAAUGACCAUUGUAGUUUUACCAAGUUAUGUGCUAUCUGUUCUUGAUUUAACAUCAAUGACCAGAAUUUGACAAGAAAAGAAAUAAGUUGGAGGUGGCUCAGAAGGGCCUAUUCUCUGUCAAAGGUGUAAUUUUACAGUAUACAGUAUCAAAGCUUGUUACUUUUCUGACCAUUUUAGUACAUAGUACAUGGUGGUUAGUAACAUAAACCUUUGACGUCUGAACCAGGGCCGUUAGUGUUUCUGGACCACUUCUCUGAUGUCAGAUACAACCCACCGGCAGCCUGAGGUGGCAACUAAGCAGCCGCCUUGCAGAGCACAGCCCCCUUGACGUGGACACAGGUGCCCUCUGGGCAGCCAGGGGAAUACUGUUGUUCAGUAUCUGGGAUUUGAUGUCAAACAGCUCUUUGUGCACCUACCUGUGUUUUGUCAAAUGUAAAUCAUUUAAUAAACAUGAGUAUCUUUAAGUU